AUGCUCUCGAAGACCCUCCUCGCCAUCUCUGCUCUCUCGGCCGUCGCCCUCGCCGCGCCCAGCCCCGGAGUCGGCGUCGACGUCGUCAAGCAGGCCAACUACAACGAGGCGGAGAAGGCGGCCAAGAUCUCGCUCAAGGAGAUCUGCUACCGCAACUUGUACGCCGACGUUUCCAAGUACAAGGUCAAGUACGCCAAGGAGGUCCUCGCCAAGGACGCCGCCGGCAAGGCGGUCUUCCUCUUCGACGGCAUCAAGAAGGACAUCAACAACCGCGAGUUCUACUACGAGGAGUUCUGCUACAAGCAGUUCAACGUUGCCGAGCACAACGCUGACGUUGACAAGCACAACACGGCCGUCGUCGGUGCUGCCGCAGGGCUCGGCGGCAAGGCUGGCGUCUACAAGCGCAGCGUUAUCGGCUCGUCCUUCGACCCGGAGGGCUUCUCAAGCGGCUUUGGCUCGCUCGACGGCUCGUACGGCGGCGCAGGUCUCGGAUACGGCUCUGGCAUCGGCUACGGCGGCGGAAUCGGAAAGGGCGCACCGCCCUCCUUCGACAUCACCAACAUGUUCACCAAGACUCUCAUCCUCGCUGCUAUCGCCUCGACUGCUCUCGCCGCUCCGACGGCUGACGGUGGACUCGUCGGUGGCUACGGCGGAGGCUACGGCGGCAAGGGCCUCGUCGGCGGCAAGGGUCUCGAAGGUGGCUACGGCGGCUACGGCGGAGGCUACGGCGCCAACCUCGGAGGGGGCUUCAUCGGCGCCUCGACUUCGGCCGGCGCUGUCGCCGAGGCUGCUGUCUCGCUCAAGGAGAUCUGCUACCGCAACCUUUACGCCGAAGUCUCCGCCUUCCACGUCCGCUACGCCAAGGAGGUCGCCCUCCAGGACGCCAAGCACGCGAACGUCUUCCUCGCCGACGGUAUCAAGAAGGACGUCAACUCGCAGGAGUUCUACUACGAGGAGUUCUGCUACAAGCAGCGCCGAGCGAGUCUCGUUAGGUCCACAUACACGAGGACUCGCUUGUGCCACUCCGCUAGCGGGUGA